CGAAAAAAGAAAGAAAAGCCCAAGAAAGAUUUACAAGAGACUGGAGUUGACUGUUGAGAGAUUGAUGUUUAGGUUAGUAGCAGUAUCGUUUUUGUACAAGUGUGAAGGCAAAGAAAUAAUGGAGCAGGAGAUCAAGGGCAAAGGAAGCGAAGAGCGAUGGAGCGGAGCCAUAGCAAAUCUGACGGAGAUGGCCUCAAAUCUUGAUUCUCUGCAAAAACUACUUCUCAAGAAAGCCGUUUUUGUUGACGAAGAUACCUUUGCUAAAGCCUCUCUUACCUCCGAACAAGCCCGAACCAUCAAGGUUCUUGAACAAAGGGUUGAGACGCUUGAAAGAGAGGUAGAUGCUGCAAUCACAGCAGCCGCGCGUGCUCGUUCAGAGAAACGACAGGCUGAGGCCGCACAAAAGGCUGCCGAAUUGCGUGCUCAAGAGGUUACAAAAGAGCUCGAGAACACCACAAAAGUAUUUGAACUGCACACGGAAGAGUUGCGAGCAAAGCAAGAAGAAAUCUCUAAGCGUGAUACGGAAAUUAAACUACUCGAAGCUAUAAUUCAGACACUUGGUGGAAAAGAUUCUAGCUCUACCAACGUUGGAUGAAAACAAACAUAAUAAAGCUUGUUCUCUGAUUCUACUA